UGAGGGAGAGGACGGAGAGAGUGGGGGCCGCCCAGGGCGGCCCGGAGGAGCGCUGACUUCCGGUCAGCGGCGCCCCGGCCAUGGAGUCGGUGCCGGCGCCCGGGGUGUCCGUGAGCUCCCCUCCGGGGGACUCGGGCUUCCUGGGCGCCCUGUCGGUGCUGUACGCCGCGCUGGUGUCCAAGCUGCUGCAGCUGAUGACUACCUUACCUGAAGAUGGACAGAGUCCAGGGGUCUAUGGCUUUACUUGGAAACCUGUGCUGGCGACUGCCUUUUUGGGUAUUGUGUCCUUCGUGCUCUUAUGGAGGACGCUUUUGGAGGUAAAGAAUAAAAAGUAUCAAGUUACGGAACAACAAAUUUCUGCGAAGGUGGAGAAUCUCAAAAAAGAAAAUUCAGAACUUGCUCAAGAAUUGUCAAAUUAUGAACAGAAGUUUGAGGAAUCCAAGAAGCUUGCUCAAGAAACCAAGAAACUGAACGUCAUUCUUUCUGAUAAAGCUGCAAAAUACGAGGAUAAGAUCAAGAAGCUUGAAGAAAGUAAUGAAUCUCUGAAUAACAAAGCUAGACGUCUGCGAGAUAUGUUGGAAUCUGAGCGAGCCCAGAAUGCCAAGAAUAAGGACUUGAUACUGGAAAACAAAAAAUCUAUAAAGAAGUUAAAGGAUGUUAUUUCAAUGAACGCUUCUGAAUUGUCAGAGGUUCAGAUUGCUCUUAAUGAGGCUAAACUGAGUGAAGAAAAGGUGAAGUCUGAAUGUCACCGAGUUCAAGAAGAAAAUGCUAGACUGAAGAGGAAGGAGGAUCAGUUACAGCAAGAAAUCAAAGAAAUGGCUAAAUCACAUUCGGAGUUGAGCGAGCAAAUCAAAUCAUUUGCACAGACUCAAAAAGACUUGGAAGUAACUCUCAACCACCAGGAUGAUGAUAUUGGUGCGUUGACUAAUUGUAUUACACAAUUGAAUCGACUGGAUUGUGAAUCUGAACCUGAGAGUCAAAACAGAGGAGGAAAUGAGUCAGAUGAGUUAGCAAAUGGAGAAGUGGCAGGUGACCCACCUGAGAAGCUGAAAAAUCGGAUCAGACAGAUGAUGGAUGUUUCUCGGACCCAGACUGCAGUGGCAGUGGUAGAAGAGGACCUGAAACUUUUGCAGUCUAAACUGCGAGCAUCAAUGUCCACCAAGUCUAAUCUGGAAGAUCAAAUAAAGACAUUGGAAAAUGAGCGGAGCUCACUGCUGUCGGUCAAGUCUGGACUGGAGGAAGAAUGUAAAACUCUGAAACAGAAAGUAGAGAUUCUGAAUGAGCUCUACCAGGAGAAAGAGAUGAUGUUACAAAAAAAGCUGAGUCAAGAAGAACAUGAACGGCAGGAACGGGAACAGCGACUGUCAGCAGCAGAUGAAAAGGCGGGUUUGGCUGCCGAGGAAGUGAAAACUUACAAACGGAGAAUCGAAGAAAUGGAGGAAGAAUUAAAGAAGACGGAGCACUCUUACAAAGACCAGAUUGCUGCGCAUGAGAAGAAAGCACAUGAAAAUUGGCUCAAAGCUCGGACUGCAGAAAGAGCCUUGGCAGAAGAGAGGAAAGAGUCUGCCAACUUGAGACAGAAACUGUUAGAAGUCACCGAGAAGAUGGCAAUGCUGCAGGAAGAGCCAGUGAUUGUGAAGCCGAUGCCUGGGAGACCCGGCGUGCACAACCCUCCCCGCAGAGGUCCUUUAAGCCAGAACGGCUCUUUCGGCCCCUCUCCUGUGAGCGGUGGAGAAUGCUCGCCACCACCCAUGCCGCUGAUGACAGAGCCGCCUGCCAGGCCUGUCUCGGCCACCUCGCUCAGUCGCAGAGAGGCGCCCAGGAGUGACUUUGAUGCUGGACCCAGUGCCGCCCCCAUGAUGAACAACAGCUCAAGAAGCUCUUCACCCAGCAGGAUGUUGGAUGAGGGCAAGCCAACUGUCCCCCAAGAGUCUGGUAGUUCUUCGGGUCCCAGCAGUGCAGCUUUGACUGAGCACCCAGUAGCAGUCCCAAUGGCUAUGAAAGGCCCCCCGCAGUUCCCAGGGAUGCCUCUCCUGCGGGGCCCCAUGGGCGGCCCUCCACCACCGCCCGUCCGGUACGGACUGCUGCCUCAGCACGCAAGACCUUUUGGACCUCGGCCGAUCCCUCCGAACAUGCCAACAUUCGGUCCUGGCCUGCGCCCACCACUGGGCCUGAAAGAAUAUGCUCCAUGCAUCGCACCUGGAAAACGGGACGGGCCCUAUGACCCUCGAGAAUUCAUACCUGGACCUGCACCUUUCAGACCAUUAGGCCCUCUGGGCCCCCGAGAGUACUUUAUUCCUGGUACCCGAUUACCACCUCCACCCCACGGGCCCCAGGAUUAUCCGCCUCCACCUCACGGGCCCCAGGAUUAUCCGCCUCCACCUCACGGGCCCCAGGAUUACCCACCGCCAUCGGCUGCUAGAAACUUAAUGCCUUCCGGCUUGCGAGAUGAAGCUCCCCCUGCAUCUCAGAGGGGCAGCCCAGUAGCCUCCCAGGCUCUGAAACAGAGCCCUUAGAACUGUGACUUUUGACAGCUGGUCAGUCCACAAGAAAGCUGACUGGGCACUAUGCGUUUGUCCAUAAAAAAUUUCACUGACUGGAACAUCUACAGGGGUGGGGCUGGAGAGAGUGCUACAGCAGGUAGGGCGUUCGCCUUAAAGCAGCCAACUAUGAUUCCCCCGAGCCUGCCUGGUAGAGCCCCAACCCCCAGACCCCAACAAAUCUGCAGGGUGAUUUUAAAGGUUUUUCAAAAUAAGCUGCUCUGGCAGAGUCCAUUUUUGAGCCAAACAAUUCAAAAAUACAAUUUCUCCUCUUAAUAAAAAUUAUCUUGUAAGCUAGAGCCUCCUUACAACUCUGAAAUGUGCAAUAAAGAAUACCUGUGUUUUAGUUAAAUGUAGCAUAUGUAACUGCUAAAUGAUUUAGAGUGUCAUGAGAAAUAUGAACAUUUCCUGUGGAAAUGCUAUAAGAACAUGUAUUUCCAUUCUAUUUUUUAGUGUACACCAACUGAAUACAGAGUAUGGUGUUUAUAAGCUUUUUUUUUUUAAAAAAAAGAAUAUUUGGUCGCAAAGACUGUUACGCUAAAAUGUUUACUAAAGACCACUAAAGGCUCUCUUUGCCUCUCGCUGAAAUUCUUUGUAGUAAUAGUUGAUAAAACUUUUGGUUAUUACUGUU